CCUGCACCUGUUUCUCUUGCACCUGAGGUACAGCUGCUCCUACCCACUCUCCUGGCCUGAGCCUUGCCUGCUGUGGCACCCUGGAGGCACCUCCUCUUCCCCAAGUCUCACCCUCCCAGGCAGCUCCUACACUCAACUCCUCUAGGGAAGGUCUCACCUCCAGCCCGGAGCAGUCGGGAUUACAGAAAGCUGAGGCUCAGGGAGCACCAUGGCUGAAGUUGGUUGGUGGAAGCUGACCUUCCUCCGGAAAAAGAAAUCCACUCCCAAGGUGCUGUAUGAGAUCCCUGACACCUAUGCUCAAACGGAGGGAGGUGCAGAGCCCCCGGGGCCUGGUGCUGGGGGCCCCGACAGCAACUUUAACACCCGCCUGGAGAAGAUUGUGGACAAGAACACAAAGGGCAAGCAUGUGAAAGUCUCCAAUUCAGGCCGCUUUAAGGAGAACAAAGUUCGACCCACACUGGCAGAGAACCCCAACCUCUUUCAUCGUCGGGAGGGCAAAGGACAGUGAAGGGCUGAGGAAGAUGCUAGCACCUCCUGGCUCCCUGCCAUCAGCUGGAUCUGAGACAGGAGCUUGCCACACUGGCCGUUUUGGUCAUAGCUGAAGCCAUUGUGGAGGCAGUUGAUGCCUGCUGGCAGGAAAUGUCUGGCUGUUAGGUUUGUAUUUACGUGCCUCAUUUUUGUAAGGCUUGAGACAGCAAGGGUUUUCCCACCCUCUCCUGACCACAUACAAAGGCACUCCAAUUCAGGGGUGAAUACUCAUCCAGGAAGGACAGCCCUCCUUGAAGCAAUGAUAGGGCCAGCAGGGAGGUGGACUUGGCAGAGAAUGGACAGAGGGAGGUGGACAGAUUUUACCUCCUCCCUGGGCACAGGGUCAAGGGUGAAUUUAAAUUGCCACUCCCUCUAUUUUCUCUACCUGUGACUGUUCCCUGGAUCAAUCCUGAGUAGAGCACAUUUUCCAGAUGCCACGUGAUGGGGGGUGUGUGGCUUCUGUGGCACCAGAAGCAGAGACACUGAACUUGAGCUCACUUCCUAACACAAGAGGUAAACUUCCUGGAACUUUGUCCCCAGGUGUGGAGGGCACAGAAGACCCUGGCACUCCAUCGGGGUGGGGUGGGGGUUGCCACAGAAGGCCAGAUUAGUGAUCCCAUUGGUUACUCCUCUGGUCACCACUUGUGCAGGUGCCAUGUCACACACCCUCAAAGCUACAAUGGCACAAGGGUCCAAACUGGGGGACUAGGUAGGGAAGCUCCAGUAGGAGCUCAAAGCAGCCAGUUUCCUCCUCUCCCUUCCCCUACUAGUAUUUAAGAUGGAUUAGACCCAGAAAUGAGGCCUGGGACCUCAAAUUUUGUCUAAAAGAGUAAUUAUAGGUUUCUCGUAAUAAACAAUGCUGCAAAAGCAGAGAACCUA